AGCGACGCUUUGGGACAUGUCGAUUGUCAUGUUUAUUUAUAUCAUUGGUUCAUUCACACCGCGUUACAGGCCUAGUACUAGUACUUUUUGUAUGUUGCCUGUGUAAUAUUGCCUGCAAUUGCCGGUUCCUGUGCCGUGACGUUAGGGCCCAGUCUUAGCUAUAGACCACCGUCUGUCCAAGACGUAGUAAAUUAUCCGACGCAGAUACAGAAAUGUACCCCUGGUUGGGGGUGUGUACUGGUAUCAGAAUGGAGGAACCCAUCACACAUGGUCCGUCAUCGGCCAAAAAGGUGAAAGUGGACACAGAUGCCCCAGAGGACAAUGAAUUGAAUGAUGAUAACAGCUGCGGGAGUGGGGGUUUUGCUCCCUGUACUGAGGAAGAUGCUUUGUGUGAUCAGGACACAGAACCGUACGAUACAGAAGAAGGCGAAUCAAACGAGAAUUUAUUUGGAAGAGCUUUGAGCCCGACUCUAAAGGAUUCUGACAGUCCAAUCAGAGAGGAGGCUGGAACACCCGUCGUAGAGUUAACUGAGGAGGAUAUAAAAUUGUCUCCACCGAAGAUGACGAAGAUUGAAUCGGUGCUGAAGGACGCUAACUUAAUAUCAAAUAUUGUAAACGGUAUCGAUGUUGACGUUGUGUACGAGAAACUCAAAGGGAGGCGAGGUAACCCAAACAGAGUGGACCAGGUGAUUAAUGAAAUUUUAGAGGAUGUAGAUAAAGGUAAGAAAGAAGAUGAGAAGAAGAGCUCAAAAGAAGAUGUCUCUUGUGUGGAGGAUUUGGUAACAGUGAUUGACAAAGCCUCAGCCAAUGUUUCCAAGCUGCCCAUGACUGCUGGUGAAAUCCAGCAACUGUUGUACGAAAAUAAAGACAGACCGGAUCGAGUAGAUUACGUCGUCAGCCAGAUAUUGGUAAAAUACUAUAAAUCAUCAGCCGUUCAGAAAGAUGAAUACCUGGAUGACAUGAUGGUAGUAUUGUCUGUUUUGCCUACAGCCGAUCCUGAGCAGGUGUAUAAACUCAUAGAAAGAAAUUGUCGACAGACCGACAGGGUACAAAAGAUUAUUGUUCAACUUCGAAAUCAAAGUGGCCCGUCAGGUUCUUUGAAGAAAGAGACUUCUCUCCCAGUAGAUCCAAAACACCUCGAGGAUCCCCUGUACCGGGAUAUGAGGAUUGUGUGUAAAGUUUUACCUGAAAAAGACCCUAAUGAGGUCUACGAAUACUUGACAGCUCAUCAUGAAAAGAAAAAUCGUCUCAAAGUUGUGAUAGAGGAACUUAUGAAAUCAGGAGAUUGCGAUUCACAGAGUGUUGCUGCUAGUGUGGACCAAAACUCUGUGCAUUUGUCUGAUGUUAUGCAUGUGGGAACAAAUGGAGGUCUGCUCAGACACAUUCAGGAGGAGGUGGACGAGUUGAUGGAAAUAUUUCCAGACUGCGAUCCAAAUUAUAUUUAUGAUAAACUGGAGGAACACUCUGACGACAAAGACAAACUUAGAAAUAUUGCCAUGGAAUUGUUUGAGCACAAGAACUACCCAAGACUCAAAGCUCUGGAGGAACGAAAAAAACAAGCCAUGCACAAUCGAAUUCAACACCUGCAGUUUGACAUGGAGUCAUUCCUCGUCAGAUUUCCUGACCCUAUGGACACAUUUCUAAAUGUCGAUAAAGAGAUGUCCAGUUCUUAUAAAGAACACACACUUCAACAGCUGAGGAAAGAUUACAGGAAGUUAAAAAAGUCAUUCCUUAUAGAAGUACUCGAGCAACACAAUUAUCACUAUCACCUGAGCAAAUGCAAGAUUGAAAAAAAAUUAGAAGGCAUUCCUGAGAACUCAAAGAAGUUUCGGAAUCAGUUACUAAGCGAUGCUGACUGUCUGAUGCCGGAGGAAGCUGACGAGUUCUUUUACUACGAGAAGUUGUAUUCCGAGAAUGAAGGAGAGAUCAAAAGGUACCUUCAUGACAAGAAGCAGUUGUACGAGCUACGUCUCCAGGAGGCUCGGGACAGUGGGCAGCUGAUGGAGUGCCAGUGUUGUUUUGAUGAAGAGUGUCUGUUUGAAAACAUGGCCGCCUGUCCCGAGGGCCACCUCUUCUGCAAAACAUGUGUCCGCAGAUCGGCGGAGGUUGUGAUAGGUCAAGGAAAGACAGAUUUCAAAUGCAUGGAUGGGACGUGCUCAGAACAUUUCUCACUUUCUACCCUUCAACAUGUGCUGCCUGUCAAUAUUUUCUCCAUUGUUUUAAGAAAGAUGCAGGAAGAGGAGAUUCAGAAGGCAGACAUCCCAGAUUUAGUUUCUUGUCCCUUCUGUACUUUUGCCACCAUUAUGCCAGAUCAAAAUGAUAAAGUGUUCAAGUGCCUGAAUCCUGAAUGUCUGAAAGAAUCUUGCAGGUUUUGUAAGGAGCCAAACCAUAUUCCUUUGCGUUGUAAUGAGGUGGAGAAGCAGGGAGAAGUUGGCAUGAGGACGUACAUCGAGGCUCGCCUGACGGAGGCCAUGAUUAGGCGCUGUCACAACUGUCAAAAAGCAUUUGUGAAGGAGUUUGGCUGCAACAAAAUGACUUGUACUUGUGGAGCUUCCAGUUGUUAUGUGUGCCGAGCUCCGGACAUUGACUAUGAUCACUUCACUGGGGAAAACUGUAACCAGGGGGACAUGAAUAAACUCCACAAGGAGGAGAUGUUGAAAGCAGCCGUAGAGGCGAGGGACAUAUACCUCCAGGAACACCCCGAGGCUGCCGAUAUCGACCUCAAAUACGACCCCAUCAAACACGUAGAGCAAUUUGAGGGUUUGGGAGCAGGUGGUGACCAUGAUGAAGGUUAUGAAGAUAGUAGUGAUGAAGAUGAAGAUUAUUGAAAUAUAUAUAUACUGUGUUCAGAGAUGGAAAUGAGGAGGAGGAUGGGAAAAUACGAGACCUACAUUCAGAGUUAGAGAUGGAGAUUAAAGGCACAAGAACCGCAUUCAGAGUUAGAGAUGGAGAUUAAAGGCACAAGAACCGCAUUCAGAGUUAGAGAUGGAGAUUAAAGGCACAAGAACCGCAUUCAGAGUUAGAGAUUAAAGGUACAAGAACUGCAUUCAGAGUUAGAGAUGGAGAUUAAAGGCACAAGAACCGCACUCAGAGUUAGAGAUGGAGAUUAAAGGCACAAGAACUGCAUUCAGAGUUAGAGAUGGAGAUUAAAGGCACAAGAACUGCAUUCAGAUAGAGAUGGAUAUUAAAGGCACAAGAACUGCAUUCAGAAAUAGAGAUGGAGAUUAAAGGCACAAGAAAUGCAUUCAGAGAUAGAGAUUAAAAAGCACAAGAACUGCAUUCAGAUAGAGAUGAAGAUUAAAAAGCAUGAAAAACUGAUUAGGAGGAAGAGAAGGAUGAUUAAUGACAAGUACUGGUCCUUGUGGACUGUGCCAUAUUAUAAAUUUGGGGAAUUUGAAUGAGAUAUAUUUGUUAUGCACCUGUCUUAGACAAGUUGUUUUUUGGUAUAUUGCUGUCUGUCUGACUGUCAGCACCUUCUGGAUCAGAUCAAAACAAUAAUUGUGAUCCUAGGAUCAUCAAACUUGUUACACAUGUUUCCAAUGAUCAGAGGAAGAAGUCAAAAGUUUCUUAUCAAGUUAUCCUUUAUUGGAGAGAUAUCAAUCUUUUUUUUCACAGUCAUCCUAGGACCAACAUUUUAUCUAUUUUCUUUAAUAUUGAGAAACUGUUGAAAGAACACUGUCACAGCCAUUUUGGGACCAGUGAAUGGUUUAUUUGGAUGUCAAUCUUUUUACCUUACCUUAAACCAGAAGGCUCAUGAGUUUUUGAUUGAAAUUCGUUGUCUGUCAUAAUUAUCGUAAACUUUUCAUAUUUUCAUCUUCUUCUCUGGAGUCGCUGUGACAAGAAGCAAUGCACCAGUUACAAAAAAUCUUCUUUAUUAAACUUUAACUUGUGUGCUUUCAAAUGUUCGUCUCCAGAUCUACCGAGCCAAUUUUAGUCUAACUUAGCGCAAAGUAUUCUAGGGUAAGUUGGGUAAAGGGAAUUCAAAUGAAGGGCCUUUCCAAGGGGAGGUAACAGCAAAAUAAUGAAAACAUUGUGUUGUCUUUUGAAGAUCUCCAUAACCACUGAGCAAAUUGUAACCAACUUGGAAUAUACAUUUUUGGGUAUAGGGGAUUCAAGUUUGCUCAAUUGAAGACACAUUCCUCUUUCCAAAAGGAGAUAAAAGCAAAAUAGUUAAAAUACAGUGAUGUUCUCUACAAUUGUUCUUUUCAAAAAUCAUUGUCUUUUAUCAAUGAAUGAAUUUCAGUCAAACUUGGAAUAAAGUGUUGUUGGUAAACAGGAUGAAAAUUCAGGAUGCAAGAAUUAUUGGCUAAAUAUUUCAUUAAAGUUGUAAACUGAUGCCUGAGUUAGUGAUUUGGCCCAUGGGCCUCUUGGUUUGAUUACAACUACAUUAAUGAAUAUAUCAGGUUAUUUUGCAGCACGAGCAUUGUUGUUUUUAGCUCACCUGAGCUAAAAGCUCAAGUGAGCUUUUCUGAUCACCUGUGUUCCGGCGUCCAUCCGUCUGUCAACUUUUAACUUCUUCUCAAAAACCACUGGGCCAAUUUCAACCAAAGUUGGCACAAAGCAUCCUUACGUAAAGGGAAUUCUAAAUUGUUAAAAUAAAGGGCUAGGCCACCUUCCAAGGGGAGAUAAUCAAGAAAAGGUAAAAAUAGGGUAGGGUCAUUAAAAAAUCUCAUCAAGAACCACUGGGCUAGAAAAGAUGAAAUUUAUAGAUAAGCUUUAUUAGGUAGUGCAGAUUCUAAAUUGUUAAAAUCAUGGCCCCCGGGGGUCGGAUGGGGCCACAAUAGGGGAUCAAAGUUUUACAUACAAAUAUAUAGGAAAAAUCUUCUUCUCAAGAACCACUGUGCCAGAAAAGCUGAGAUUUAUAUGAAAGCUUCCUGAUAUAGUGCAGAUUCUAAAUUGUUGAAAUCCUGGCCCCCGGGGGCCGGAUGGGGCCACAAUAGGGGAUCAAAGUUUUACAUACAAAUAUAUAGGAAUUUUUUAAAACAAAUCUUCUUCUCAAGAACCACUGAGCCAGAAAAGCUGAUAUUUACAUGAAAGCUUUCUGAUAUAGUGCAGAUUCAAGUUUGUUCAAAUCAUGGCCCCUGGGGGUAGGAUGGGGCCACAAGGGGGGAUCAAAGUUUUAUAUACAAAUAUAUAGGAAAAAUCUUCAAAUAUCUUCUUCUCGUGAACCAUUGGGCCAAAGAAGUUCACAUUUACAUGAAAGCUUUCUGACAUAGUGUAGAUUCAAGUUUGCAAAAACUAUGGCCUCCAGGGGUAGGUUGGGGCCAUAAUAAGGACUACGGUUUUACAUGCAAAUAUAUAUAGAAAGUAUUCUGAUAUGGACCAAGGUGACUCAGGUGAGCGAUGUGGCCCAUGGGCCUCUUGUUUUAUGUUGUACAUGCAUCAUGUAUUCGUAAUUUUUCUUCCAAAGAAAUAUUUUAAAUAAAUUUAGAUAUUGUUAUACAAUG